CUGAGGGCUUUUCAGCAGACAGCUCUUCUUCUGCAGUGGAUGAUUCCGAGGGGAAAAAUGCCGCUCCUGAUGGCCCUUCAUCACAUUGGUCUGUGCGUGGUGCUUUGCAUCAGUAGCAGCCUCUCCACACCUCUGCCUUACUCAGAUACUCUGGAGGGAAGCAUAGAUGAGGAAGACAACAACUACUUCACUUUCUAUCUGCCUAUUACCAAUGUCUCCACAGAGUACCAGACCGCACCUGCCAACACAGCCCAGGAGGAAACUGACUUUCUGAAUCAGCUUGUGAACUUUCUUAAUGAGAACAUGCUCCUCAUCCUCGUUGCAGCCAGUCUCAUCCUUCUCGUCUUCCUUAUCAUCUGCGGGGCAGUUUUCAUGAGCCACAGACGCAAAGUCAACGCUUACUAUCCUUCCUCCUUCCCCUCAAAGAUGUAUGUGGAUGACAGGGACAAAAGUGGAGGUGCUAAACCCUUUAACGAAGUUCAAGAAAAAGCUUCCCCGGGGCAGGAAAGCGAGCCAGUGGACUCUCACAAGCAGCUCCAGGCUGACAUUAUGAGGGCUGCCAAGAGCCUGCGCGCUCCAAAUAAAUCUGUUGAUGCUGCAGAGAGAAGCGAUCCCAGUCAGAAAGUAGCAGACCACAGUCCCGAGGACAGCUCAAAAGCAGAUGACAGCAUCCUAGACCAUCAGCUCCCAAGUCUCCCAGAGGAAAAUGAGCUGAGCGAGCUUUCCGACAGUGAGGCCACCACCACAGAGGGCAGCUCAGAGCCGAAUCCUCCUGAGCUGCCUCGGUCAGAGGAAGUUGAUUCACAAGAGCCUUUGACGGGCAGGAGUCCGCGGCCCUCCUCUCUGCACAUUCACAAUGACUCUGCUACACUUCAGCUCAUCGCAGGAGAGAAAACUGCCUUCUAAGAAAUCACAUUUUUGCAGAAAACCAAAGAUUUCUGCAGGAUUUUAUUUGAGGAAAUGCAGAGAAGUUACUAAAGAUACAGCAGGCAGAGUUGAAGAUGAUACAUGAUACUCUCUUUAUGCACCUUUGUACAAGUUUCACAGUACACAAAUAGUGUUAGUAUUUUUUGUGUUCCUGUGUUUGAAUUUAAACAUCUCUGCUGGUAACAGUAGGUGGUGUGGUCCCAAUUACUCUGCGCUUCUAUGCAAAAAAAACAAAAACAAAAUUGAACAACUAGGACUCAGUUCCGUUUUUGAAUUUUUAAUAUGAACCUGUUAUGCUUUUCCCCAUUUUCUGUCAUAUAUACACUGCUACAGUAGGGUGGACUUUUAUAUUAAACAUGUCCGGAGUUUCAAAUAAAAAGUUCUCUGUGACAUCACCAGGGUACACAUUCCUGAUAAUGGCUUGUUUCAGGAAGUAGAUGCAUUGAGGCAAUGCUCUUUAAAAAAAAAAAAAAA